UCUAGAGCCAAGGAGGCCGCGAUGCCCCGACCUCAUCAUUUUUUCCAGACAACAAGAAGACUUUUGAUAGCCUGCGCUGUUGGUUGUGCGAGAAAUGAACCAAUACCAUUGGUGAAACAAUUUCAAGUGGGCGAUUGCAAAAUAUCUGUUAUUGCCCCAAGAGAAUCUGAGCGAGACCAAUUUCUGGAGAACUCGACAGAGACUCUUACCUGCCAGAGACGGGUAUCCUUGCCAGCGUCUGAAACCCAAGAGGUUACCACCGAUACAUCGAACCAAGAUAAGCAUAGUACCACGACAACACCUCAAGCUGCCAAGAAAACCCGUCGGUUACUUCAUCGUCUCAACCCUCGUAGUUGGCCAUUGGUUGAGCACGCUCGCAGCAAUAUCACUCGGAUAUGGAACGAUUUCUUCGUGGUAAACGAAGAAGUCCGAAAGCCCGUCAUUCGCGAAGGGUCCUCCCAGUUAUUUGGGCCAUGAUACGCUACCCUUUGCUCUACAAACCGCUGGGUGUUCCACUUAGGCUCCUCGGGGCUGGCUCUGCGUUUGCGGAAAUGAAAUUUCUGUAUUGUACCACCCGAAAGAUACACGGAAACACGCGCAACACCAUGACGCGCUACUCGGGAAACCUGGGCCAGGGCCCCCAUGCCGCCUCGGUUGUCGUUCAUAAGGAAAUCCGCAUGGCGUGGAGUACACGGCUGAUCGGUGCACCGCUGAACUACGGGAAGUCCUUUCUUCGCACCGCCAUCGUCGACACCACGAGUCCCAUCGUCAGGUCGGCAUGCGUACCUGCGAGAAAUCUCUCCGACACAACAACCUACUCUGACGCUUUCGAUGAUUUCUGGGUACCAGGGGUCCCAGGUGGCGAAGAGGGCUUCGAGAGCGGCCCAGACGGAACCGUCCCCCUCGAUGCAUCCCUCCUCGACCUCGCCGAAAUCGUCCAUGGACGCGACUUUUGGGCGCCUCGUGCGGAUUGA